CCCAUAACUCUUCUCAUUUCUCACUCAAUUGAAUGCUCUCUCUCUCCUUCAUUUCAAUCUCACUCCCAUAUUUCCGAUCGUCAUUUGUCACUACUCGGGAUUUGACAGAACAAGUCCUUUUUCAGUCCCAAGAUUUGGUUUUUUUUGGGGUCCGCUUUUCUAUUCUUUCCAAUUAUUCCGACCAUAAAGCGACACUAAUGAUUUCGUGCACCUAAUUUGGUCGGACUGAGAGAAGAGGGAAAAAUAAAAAAUGGGAGGUUGUUUAAGCAAGAAAAAUCCCCCUAGCCGUAAUGUGAACGGCUUCAGAUCAGAAAGAGCGACCAAUCAUCAAAAGGCACCAAUUGAUCGCCCCGAUCAAUCCGAAAACCGAGCCAUCGUCCCUGAAAGGAGGCAGCAUCAGCAUCCACAUCAACAUCAACCGCCGGCGCAAGCUCAGCCGGCGCCAAUUCCAUCUCCGUCUCCAUCGCCAUCUCCCCGCACUCCAUCCCGGCAGAAAUUGGAGGCGAAUAGCAUAUUGGGGAAGCCAUUGGAGGAGGUGAAGUCCAAGUAUUCGAUCGGGAAGGAAUUGGGGAGGGGCCAAUUCGGGGUGACGUACGCGUGUACGGAUGCGGCGACGGGGCUGCAGUACGCGUGUAAGUCGAUCUUGAAGAGGAAGCUGGUGAGCAAGAACGAUAGGGAGGAUGUGAAGAGGGAGAUUGACAUCAUGCAGCAUUUGAGCGGCCAGCCCAAUAUAGUUGAGUUCAGGGGCGCCUACGAGGAUCGCCAGUCUGUGCAUCUCGUCAUGGAGCUCUGCGCCGGCGGUGAGCUCUUCGACAGGAUUAUUGCCAAGGGCCAUUAUUCUGAGAAGGAUGCUUCUGAUCUUUGCCGCCAGAUUGUCAAUGUGGUUGAUCACUGCCAUUUUAUGGGGGUCAUGCAUAGGGAUCUCAAGCCUGAGAAUUUCUUGCUUUCCAAUAAGGAGGAGAAGGCCAUGCUCAAAGCUACUGAUUUUGGCCUCUCUGUCUUCAUUGAAGAAGGAAAGGUGUAUCGAGAUAUAGUUGGCAGUGCAUACUAUGUUGCACCUGAAGUGUUGCGACGAAGUUAUGGGAAGGAAAUAGAUAUAUGGAGUGCUGGUGUUAUUUUGUACAUCCUCCUCAGUGGCGUGCCUCCCUUUUGGGCUGAAACUGAACAUGGCAUAUUUGAUGCUAUACUUAAAGAAAAAGUUGAUUUUGAUAGCAACCCAUGGCCUUCCAUAUCAAACAGUGCCAAAGACCUUGUUGGUAGAAUGCUAACAAAGGAUCCAAAAACUAGAAUUACUUCAACAGAAGUACUGGAGCACCCCUGGAUUAAGGGACAGGCAUCUGAUAAGCGGAUCGAUAGUGCAGUUCUCUCCAGAAUGAAGCAGUUCAGGGCAAUGAAUAAGCUCAAGAAACUUGCAUUAAAGGUCAUUGCACAAAGUUUAUCCACAGAAGAAAUAAAAGGUCUUAAAGCUACGUUCAUGAACAUCGACACUGACAAUAGUGGCUCAAUAACUUAUGAAGAAUUGAAAUCUGGAUUGGCGCGGCUUGGGUCCAAAUUGUCAGAAUUUGAAGUAAAGCAACUCAUGGAAGCUGCUGAUGUUGAUUGAAAUGGGACUAUCGACUACGAAGAAUUUAUCACUGCAACGAUGCACAGACAUAAGCUGGAGAAGGACGAGCAUCUGUUCAGUGCAUUUCAAUAUUUUGACAGGGAUGGUAGCGGCUAUAUCACAAGAGAUGAACUGGAAACUGCUAUGAAGGAGUAUGGUAUAGGGGAUGAGGGAAGCAUCAGGGAAAUAAUUUCGGAGGUGGAUACAGAUAAUGAUGGAAGGAUCAACUACGAGGAGUUCUGUGCAAUGAUG